AUGCCCAUUGUGCCAAAACACCGCUGGUUAAUGCAGGUUUAUGCACAAGAUGUCCUGAGCAGAUUAGGAGAGGUAAAGGCUUCCAUCACAUCCCUGUCUGGGCAGGUACUGAAACUGGACUCAACAAAAAAGAUUGUGAGGAAACUAGCUGGUUCUGCUCGUUCUACUGCUGCCUGGGCUGCAAAUGUUGGCAAUGAGUUUGGACAAGUCAUCAUGUCUGUGCUCACAGCGAGUGAGGGCUGGGGACUUGCAAAAAUGGCAGAGGGCCUUGUAAAUCGAUACAAACAGGCCAACUUUGCUCCCCCACGAGUACUUUACACAGAUCGAGACUGCUGUAAAAACUCCCACUUGCACAAGAUCUUUGGUGGUUGGCCAAACCUGUGCAUUCGCCUGGAUGUGUGGCAUUUCAUGCGGAGGAUUGCUGUUGGAUGUACCACAGACUCACAUCCACUGUACAGUGGCUUCAUGGCUCAGCUGAGCCGCUGCAUAUUUGUGUGGGACCAGAGUGAUCUUCAGCGGCUCAUUGAGGCCAAGCGUGCUGAGCUUGAGGCCUGUCAUUUACAUCCAUCUGAUGAUGACGUGAGGAAGAGCAUCACAAAGAAAGAGAUGCAACUUCAUUGCAAGAGAGCUGUGCGGCCAGCUGCAGAGAUGGAGGUCAUGUUGGGACAGUGA